GUCGUCCAAUUACAGUGCUUGGCGCGAGAUUCCGAGCGCGCGCUACUACCAGGUUCUGGAGUUUGGCGGGCUGAGGGCAGACCACAGCUGGACUUCAGACGGGUAACAUCUAUCGGCUCUUUCAUUCCUCAGCCAUGCCAAGCACCAGGUCUCAGUCUCAGAGCUCCAUUCAGUUCCCCAAGACAAAGACUGCCAAGACUCAAGCCAAAGAAGUGUUGCGGUCUCGGGCUAAAUCCGACAUUGGUGCCGUGCCCCUCCCGCCUGUAUCUAAGGAACUACCUCUCAGUCCACGGAAAAGACUAGGUGGUGACAAUCUUUGCAACAUUCCCCAGUCACUCCGUUGCUCUCCCCCCAAACAACGCUGCAAUGAGAAUGGGCCCCUUAGUCCUGCCAAGGGGAGGCGUCUGAUUUUUGAUGAGAACCAGGCUGCUGUGACUCCCUUGUCUCCCGCUAAGAAUGGUCAGGACACCGCUUUUGCAUCCCCUCAGAAAAGAGGUCAGGAAACCCCAUCCAGCAAUUCCCGGCGUGGUCCACAGGAGAGGAAGAGUGUGUGUACACGACUGUUCAAACAAGAAGGAACCUGCUAUCAAAAGGCAAAGUGCGCACUAAACACAGCUGUGCCAGAACGUCUGCUGGCACGGGAAAAGGAGACGACAGCCAUACUUUCUUUUCUGAAGACGCAUGUUACGUCUCAGAAGCCUGGCAGCCUUUAUAUCUCUGGGGCUCCAGGAACUGGCAAAACUGCAUGUCUGACCAAGCUGCUGCAAGAGAAUAAGGUAUUACCACUAUUGGAGGGACCACAAACUCUUCUCAUAGUUCUGCUAAAAAAAAUGCUUUUUGUUUCAAGUUCACUGGCAGUGUUCCCAGCCAUAGCAGAAGAGAUCUCUGGGUCACCAAAGCUUUCAGCUUCUGGGAAAGAUAUGGUCAGAAAUCUGGAGAAGAUGGUCACCUCCAAGGGGCCCGUCAUACUUCUUGUGCUGGAUGAGAUGGAUCAGUUGGACAGCAAAGGGCAGGAUGUGCUGUAUACAGUGUUUGAGUGGCCCUGGCUCCCAAACUCAAGAGUUGUGCUCAUUGGAAUUGCAAAUGCUCUAGAUUUGACAGACCGUAUCCUGCCCAGGCUCCAAGCUCGUCCUCAUUGCAGACCUCAGUUGCUCAAUUUCUCUCCGUAUACAAAGGAUCAGAUUGCCACUAUACUCCAAGACAGGCUGACACAGGUGUCUGGGGACCAAGUUCUAGAUAAUGCAGCCAUUCAGUUUUGUGCCAGGAAGGUGUCGGCAGUCUCUGGAGAUGCAAGGAAGGCCUUAGAGAUCUGCAGGCGAGCAGUAGAAAUAGUGGAGUCGGAUGUAAGGAGCCAGACGGUCCUAAAGCCUCUAUCUGGAUGUCCAUCUCCAAGUAAAGAAGCUGCAUCUACUCCAGUUCCAAAGAAGGUCAGCCUGCCCCACAUUUCACGGGUUAUAUCUGAUGUGUAUGGAGACAAAAUGGCAGCUGGUGGAGGAGGGGAGGAUUCCUUCCCAUUGCAGCAGAAGCUCCUUGUGUGCUCUCUCCUGUUACUAACCCAGCAGAGCAAGAUCAAGGAAGUCACUUUAGGAAAACUUCAUGACACAUACAGCAAAGUGUGCCGCAAGCAGCAGAUGCCUGCAGUGGGCCAGUCAGAAUGUCUUUCCCUUUGCCAGCUUCUGGAAACAAGGGGCAUUGUGGGUCUCAAAAAGUCUAAGGAAGCUCGCCUUGCAAAGGUGUCUCUGAAGAUAGAGGAGCGGGACAUAGAGCACGCCUUCAAGGAUAAAGUCCUUAUCGGAAAUGUUCUCCACGCAGGGAUAUAAGCUGCUUUUAC